UCUAUGGCACAUGGCAAAUACUGUCACAGCACCAGUAUAAGUAACUCCUUGCACAAGAGCAGAGGCCAAUCCAGCCACAGUGGCAGAUCCACAGGAUUUCCACCAAGUGUGACCAACAUUGCAGUGAGUAGUGGCAGCUUUCAUGCCAGCAACAUCUGUAACAAAUUGCUGCAGACAUCCAGCCACCACCAGGGUUUCAGCAACACAGCUGCAGUCGGGUGUGUAUCCUGCUGCUCCUCAGGCAUCUGUCAUCAGAGGGAUGCUGGGGGCUCAGAAGGACAUUUUGGUGAUAAAAAGAAAGUUUGGCUGAGAUACCUGUCUCAUAAAUUUCAUGGGAAGGGACCUGGCAGAAAUAAAGUAGAGAAACGAAUGAAGAGGAAUGAACAGGAAGGAAUGAGUAUCAGUCAAGAUCUGGUCAUGAGCUGUUAUUUGUAAACAGUACUAUAAUGUAGCACCCUGCUGCACUGCAUUUAGUAGCAGAUGGUUUCACAGCCUCAUGUGCAGCACGUCCUUCUAUAAAAAUUACUAAAAGUUAUUCGCUACAUGUUUCGAACUAUAAGGUCAUCAUCAGUUGUUUAAA